CAGGGCUCAAAUAUGACUUCCAAAUUAAAACACAGUUGAAAAGCGGAGGACUCAGCCAGCCUGCCUUGGCAUCGGCCCACACAGAGGCCAUUCCUCCAGGAAAUGUCCAAGUUUCCGAUGUCAGCAUUAGUACAGUGUCUCUUACCUGGGAAACACCGGCUGGUGAGGUGGGGGGCUACGUUGUGACCUGUUUCUGUGAUUCGGAAAGACACGGAGAGCAGACAACAGAUUCAGAAAUUGUGACAUUCUACGAUCUGAAGCCAGGGCUCAAAUAUGACUUCCAAAUUAAAACACAGUUGAAAAGCGGAGGACUCAGCCAGCCUGCCUUGGCAUCGGCCCACACAGAGGCCAUUCCUCCAGGAAAUGUCCAAGUUUCCGAUGUCAGCAUUAGUACAGUGUCUCUUACCUGGGAAACACCGGCUGGUGAGGUGGGGGGCUACAUUGUGACCUGUUUCUGUGAUUCGGAAAGACACGGAGAGCAGACAACAGAUUCAGAAAUUGUGACAUUCUACAAUCUAAAGCCAGGGCUCAAGUAUGACUUCCAAAUUAAAACACAGCUGAAAAGCGGAGGACUCAGCCAGCCUGCCUUGGCAUCGGCCCACACAGAUGCCGUUCCUCCCCCCACCUCACCUGCUGGUGAGGUGGGGGACUGCGUUGUGACCUGUUUCUGUGAUUCAGAGACACACGGAGAGCAGUCAACAGAUACAGACAGUGCGACAUUCUACGAUCUGAAGCCAGGGCUCAAGUAUGACUUCCAAAUUAAAACACAGCUGAAAAGCGGAGGACGCAGCCAGCCUGCCUUGGCAUCUGUCCACACAGAAGAUGAAGCCAUUGAGUAUGCCAAUCGACACAAAGAUCAUUUUUUCAAUGAUUCUAAAGACCUGUGUUACUUAAUGGAGCAGGAUGAGAAGACAGCUGAGAAAUUUUCUAGUCGUUGCCUCCAGCCUGCAGUGGAGACAUACAUUAGACUUUCCUUGGUUCCAGAGGUUGUUGAUGAAAUGAUGUCAGGCAAUGAUUCAGUGGAUUUCAGCACGCGCAUGUUUUUCCAAUAUUCUGUCUUAAAAGAUUUGCUUUCAAAAGACAAGUUUUGCCUCUUCAUAGAGUACACCAGUUCAUAUGAGAAAUUCAUAAGGGGAUGGAUUCAGGAGAAAAUUGAGGAACACUUUUCAGAUGGGACUAAACUUUUGGAGUUAGAGGAUAAAUAUCUAAAACAAUGUAUUAGAUGUAUUGAGUAUGGUAUUCAAAAGGCCCAUGUGAACAAAGAAGCGACCCAAAAAGAGUUUGUUCAAGAUAUUUGCAAGGAACUUGGUAAUAAAUUGGUAAUGUCCCAGGAUGCUCUCAGCACUUGCAUGGCACUUUUGAAAGAAGCCACCGCAGAAAAGUUUGCAAACUCUCUUAAAAAAUCUGUGAAGGAAAUGGAAAAAGCUCUGCAGAAGAAACAAAAAGAAACUGGAUUCAAAGCUAAACUAGAUGGACUCGGGUCAAAAGUACUGAACAACCUAACAGUAAAGUUGGGUGGAUGUGGUGAAAAAUGCCCAUUCUGCAGCGCACCGUGUGAAGCAGGAGCAGUGGCUCACAAGGUUCAUCGUGUUGAAAUACAUCGGCCAGAGGGGUUAGGAGGAUACAGAUCUGCCUCCAUGAAACUUAUUACUUCUAUUUGCACAUCCUCUGUCUCUACUGACAUGAGAUUCAGUAAUAGAGAUACUAAGGGGUUGUGGCAUCCUUACAAGGAAUUCAAAACAUUUUACAAGAAUUGGGAAAUUAGUGCAGAUAAAAGCUAUACAACAUCUGAUUAUUGGAAAUAUGUGAUGGUCAAGUUCAACGAGGACUUUGCUGAAUUUUAUGAUGCAGAGCCUGCAAAUAUUCCCACUGAAUGGAGAACAAUUAGCAAGGAAGAUGCUGAUAAAAGCCUUAAAGAGGCAUUUGGUGUCAUAUAGGACUUUUGGAGAAGAUGAGAGUUAGAUAUUUUUCUCUGACCAUGAGGAAGCGCAGCUUAUUUUUGACUAAUAUAUAUUUGAUCUAAUGGGAGCAUUAUGUAAAUCACCACAAUUUAUCAUGCGAUAUGUUAUGGUGAAGAAGUUAUCCUAUUACAUAUGUGAGGCAGGAAAGGCCGAACUGAGGAGAUCUAAGUAGUGAUACAAGGAUGUGUGUCUUUAAUUGUAGUUCACACCAGUUGAUAACAAACUCAGCUCUGAACUUAACUUGCCUCUUUCAUUUUGCGGUUUGUUGUUGAAGUAAUGUCCAAUGGAACUUUUAAAAGUUUGAGCCUGAUGCUUAACAUUUUUGUUUGUUGAUUUGACAUUUGAUUUUAACGUAAUAUGCAAAGCAAAAAGGCUGCAUUUCAUUUGUUUAAUUGCUUCGCCUUACUUUUCUCUUGAAAAAUAUUAUUUGUGUCCAUAUUUAUGCUUAGGUUUAAAUGGUGUAUUUUUUUUUUUUAUUCCUCUUUCAUUCAAUGUUCACUUUGAUUUCUUUAUAAAAUUUGUUCAUGCGGCUUUGUUGGAUAAUCUCUCAGGCAUUGGUAUUCAGAAAUUAGUAGACGAUAUCUCUUGCAUUACUCAGGUGUUUUUUCAUUUUGAUAUUGUUACAGCAUCCCGACAUUUUUAAAAUAUAAUUUUUAAUUGCUUGUUUGAUUGAGCCAGUUGAGAAAUACCUGUCCAAAUUAAUUAAGCUGGUGUGUGUGAUUUUAUGGCAAGUUUGACUCAGAAAAGUGUCUAUGAAUGUUUUUAUUGUAUUUCCUGAUCAGAAUCAGAGCAAACACUUUGCACUUACUUCUAAAGUUAACCAAAAUAUCAUGUUUUCAUCGAUUUACUUCUUUACCUUUUUUCAAGUGGAACUGAAUAAAAUAAUUUCCCAUGAAGGA